AUGAGUUUGAAGCAAUUGACCAAAGGUGCAUUAGUUGAAAUGUGUCGCGACCUUUCAAUUAGUGAUGAAGGUACUAAACCAAUUCUUGAAGAGAAAUUGGCUCAACAUUUUGAUAACCAUCCUGAAUUGGAAGAAGAUGAUACUUAUAGAAAAUACUAUCUAUUUAGAAAAAGAUCAUCUCCAAGUAAAGUUACUCAAUCAAUUGGCAAUGAAAUAACUUCAUCUCCAAGUUAUAAAGUUUUAAAACCAUUAAAUGAUAAAUUGAAGUCUUCUCCUAAUAAAUUGUUGAGUAUUAGUAAAGGUUUUAAAAACAAAUCAAGUCCUUAUAAAUCUGCUCAAGAUGAAGAAGAUGAGGAUGAAGAAGAUGAUGAUGAAGAAGAAGAAGAAGAGGAAGAAGACGAUGAUGAUAUCGAAAUUUUAUCAAGAUCUUCAGGUAAAGAUGGUGAAUUGUUGGAAGAUGAUGAAGAACAUGAAGAUGCUGAUUAUCAUCCAAAAUUUGAAUUUUUAACUAAAAUUCAAGAUUGGUUUAUUGGUAAAUAUGAAGAUUUAUAUGAUUAUGCUGAAGAACAAAAGGAUGAAUUUGUUUAUACUGCUAAAAAACUCAACACUGAUGCUAAAAAAAAAUUAAGUACUACUGAUGCAGUUAAUGGAUUAGGUCAAUUGCUAGAAGUUGGGUUAUUAAUUAACAAUCAAGUUCCUUUAAUUUCAAUUAAAGAUGCUCCUUUCUUGAGUCAAGAAAUUAUCUCCAAAUAUAAAUUUAUUGAUCCAACUUUUAAAAUUUGGGAUAUUAGUUCAUUAAUACAGUUUAAAUUUAUUUUAAUUUUAUUAACUUGGUUUGGAUUAUCAAUUGGGUUACCAUUAUUAUUUUCAUAUUAUUUUAAUUUUAUUGGUAAAAAGCAAAGAAAGACUAAAUUUGAUCCCUUAAUUUUCAAUGUUUCUAAAUUGUUAUUAGCUUAUCUUUUCAUCCCAAAAAAUGUUUCAUUCCAAGAUAUUAAAGAUGAUGCAGCAGCUUGGGCAAGUGAACAUGGUUUAAUUGAACAUGCUUCAAUUUUGCAAAUUAUUAAUGCUCAUUUGGUUCACAAUACAAUCACAUUAAGUUUAGUGUUGGGUAAUAUUCCAUUCAUUAUUUCUGGUGUUGGUAUUUUAGUUGCACUUUACGUUGCAAGUAUCUAA